AUGUGUGAUGCCUUUGUGGGAACCUGGAAACUCGUCUCCAGUGAAAACUUCGAUGAUUACAUGAAAGAAGUGGGAGUGGGCUUUGCUACCAGAAAAGUGGCCGGCAUGGCCAAGCCCAACAUGAUCAUCAGUGUGAACGGAGACGUGAUCACCAUCCGAUCAGAGAGCACUUUUAAAAACACUGAGAUUUCCUUCAAACUGGGCCAGGAGUUUGAUGAAAUCACCGCAGAUGACAGGAAAGUGAAGAGCAUCAUAACCCUGGAUGGUGGGGUCCUAGUUCAGGUGCAGAGGUGGGAUGGAAAGUCGACCACCAUCAAGAGAAAACGAGAGGACGACAAGCUGGUGGUGGAAUGUGUCAUGAAAGGCGUCACUUCUACCAGAACUUAUGAAAGGGCGUGA